UUGCAGAGGCAACAACGUUUAUGUCUGAAUUGUCGAUAAUUUAGUGUCGUGGAGGUUACGAGUGAGUGGUUUCGUUAUUGUCUCAGGACGCGAGUCAGUUGUCGAGAAUAUUGUGAAUCUGUCGGCUGAGUACUCUUGAAUUAUUCGAUCCGGGGAAUGGAGAAGUGAUUUUGGAGGGGAAAUAUAGUUGUGAAAACAUCCCCGUGAAUUUGGAGUUGGUUUGAUCGAUCAGUUGUUGAGGGUUAUUUUUGGUUUAACGACGGUUUAUUUAAUGGGGGGGGGGGAGAGAAAACGUGGUGGUGUCGAUGCCACAUCAUUUACCCGUGAAUUUAUCAGGAGAAGGGGAAGAGAAGAAGCGUCUAUCCACGUCUCGCUUGCACACGUUAAACCGGCUGGCGUGACUCUGUUUUACCGAUCGAAGGCUACGGUUUAUUCGCCCAGUGGCAUUUAGCAGUGGGAUUGUAUCAGUUACGUGUUUGUGUCGUUGUGCUCCGUCACUCAAGCGUUGUAGAAUUUUUAUUGCUUCUCGGGAUAAUAAUUAUGCUGGAUGGUUAGAUUGUUGCGAGGGGGUAUGGUGAAGGCCACGAGGUGUGAGUAGAAACUAAUGGCGGGGGAUUUGAAAUUAACGCUUUCUGGCUGUGACUCGUAGCGCCCUGACGUGUAUACUUGUGGUGCUGGCAGUGUUUGCGCGUUUAGCGCGCCUUUUCUCACCUCCAGUGUGAUUACUGGGUUUUUUUUUCGUUACUGGCGUCGAGGUUUUUAUUAUUCUGUGGAUUUGAGAGGGUGAAGUGUGUGUGUGAUGACGCGUGAAAGUGCCAAAAUAAAAGGAUAGUCUGACGAACGUUUGGGGAUAUCGGAGUGUUGGACAAUUGGACGUUGUGGAAACGCCUGAAAGAUGUAUCCCAGUGCUGGAAUAAAUGCCGCUGCUGUUGCUGCCGCAGCGGCCGCACGCCAUCCGGGUCCACCUCAACCUGGACAACCCUUUAAGUUCACCGUUAGUGAGUCCUGCGAUCGAAUCAAGGAGGAAUUCAAUUUCCUUCAAGCCCAAUAUCACAACCUAAAAUUGGAGUGCGAGAAACUGGCCAGUGAGAAAAUUGAGAUACAGAGGCAUUACGUGAUGUACUACGAAAUGUCAUAUGGACUCAACGUGGAGAUGCACAAGCAGACGGAAAUAGCAAAGAGACUGAACGGCAUUAUUGGACAGAUUUUACCAUAUUUAUCACAGGAGCAGCAUCAGCAAGUGAUGACAGCUGUGGACAGAGCGAAACAAGUCACCAUGUCAGAGCUCAACGCCAUAAUUGGGCAACAGAGGCCGGAUUUGCCGAGGCUACUGCAGCAGAUGCACGCCCAACAAUUGCCACCAGGUGCUGCAAUGGGCCCACAUCCUGGGAUUCCUGGACUACCUGGGCUGGGACCUGGUGGUGGACUACCUGUGCCCACUUCAGCCUCUGCUGCUCUACUUGGUUUGGGACUUCCACCUGGUGCUGGUGCUAAUCCAGCAGGUGCUGCUGCACAUCCGCUCUCCAUGCUGGCGAAGCCGGAACUUCAUAGGAGUCAGCCGGAUGAUUUGAAAGCUAAUGGUGGAUUAAAUUCCGCCGAGGAGAGGCAUAGAAGCUCGAUAUCACCGGCGGAGAGAGAGAAGUACAGUAGACCGAGGAGUACUCCAGACCCGCAGCAUCACGAUCACAUGCUUCACAAGAAGAUGAAGAAGGAGCAGGAGAAAGAUUUGGGACACCAAAGCGAUGGCGAAAAGAGUGAUCAAGACCUAGUGGUCGAUGAUGCCAGUGAGGAGGCAACGAGUCCAGCAGCGAAUGGUACCUCAUCUCCAAGAGAAAAUGGACUAGACAAAAUGGGUUCGUCAUCAGUAGGUCCAAUGGGUGGACAACUGAAGAAGGAAGUCCCUCCGCCAUCGCCCAGAAGUGGAACAAGUAGUAAUGCCAGUACACCAUCAGCCAAGAAGAUGGAGGAACGUGAGAAGCCAACGACACCAAUUUCAAAGCCAGUGACACCGACAUCAGCUGGAGGGAGUAGUUCAGGAUCGGGUGGGCUCAAGGCAACGAGCUCGAGUAAAACUCUGGUAUCAGCUGCAUCGGCAGCAGCUGUUGGUCCUUAUCCCCACUAUCCACCACCUCAUCAUCCACCAGCCGGACCUCACGUUGACAUGCUGGCGUAUCAGCCUGGUGCACUCAACGGUUAUCCAGCUAGGCCACCACUUCAGCAGCUCUACGAUCCCCACGGCACCAUGAGAGCACCACUUGGGCCACUUGGAGUACCUGGCGGCAAACCUGCUUAUAGUUUUCAUGUCGCCAGCGAUGGACAGAUGCUACCAGUACCCUUUCCCCCUGACGCGCUGAUUGGUCCCGGGAUACCACGUCACGCACGUCAGAUAAAUACCCUGACCCACGGUGAGGUUGUGUGCGCUGUCACCAUAUCCAACCCCACGAAGUACGUGUACACUGGUGGGAAAGGAUGUGUCAAAGUGUGGGACAUUGGUCAGGGUGCAGGUGGCAAUGCCAAACCGGUCUCUCAGCUGGACUGUCUUCAGCGUGAAAACUACAUAAGAUCAGUGAAACUGCUGCCAGACGGUAGAACUCUGAUUGUCGGUGGUGAAGCCAGCAAUCUCAGCAUCUGGGAUCUGGCCAGUCCCACGCCGAGGAUCAAGGCAGAACUGACAUCGGCUGCGCCAGCCUGCUACGCCCUGGCCAUCUCGCCAGACUCCAAGGUUUGCUUCAGCUGCUGCAGCGAUGGAAAUAUCGCCGUUUGGGAUCUCCAGAAUCAGACGCUCGUCAGGCAGUUUCAGGGACACACCGACGGUGCAUCCUGCAUUGACAUCUCUGCUGACGGCUCCAAACUGUGGACGGGGGGCCUUGACAACACCGUUAGGUCCUGGGAUCUCAGGGAGGGAAGGCAGCUACAGCAGCACGACUUCAGCUCACAGAUCUUCUCGCUCGGGUACUGCCCCACUGGCGAGUGGCUUGCCGUGGGCAUGGAGAACUCCAAUGUCGAGGUUCUUCAUGCUACUAAGCCUGAUAAGUAUCAGCUACAUCUUCAUGAGUCCUGUGUUCUGUCGUUGCGAUUCGCUUCGUGCGGAAAGUGGUUCGUCUCCACUGGCAAGGACAAUCUGCUUAAUGCCUGGCGCACGCCUUAUGGAGCUUCGAUAUUCCAGUCAAAGGAGUCGUCUUCAGUCCUGAGUUGUGACAUCUCCACAGACGACAAAUUCAUAGUGACUGGAUCUGGUGAUAAGAAGGCCACUGUCUACGAAGUGAUAUAUUGAGGCUCCUAAAGAAUUUGUUAAUACCAUAGUUUAUGUAUAUUUGAAGUCGUACGCUUGUUAAGAUAUUUAUGAAUUUAACAUAUUGUGAAAGAAGAAUGUUGAGUGAUACAGAUAAAUAUAGCUGGACGACCUCUAGAGUAACAACACGAAAAGUUGGAAACGGGUUUCCUUUUAGAAAAAGAAAACAGCUGUAUACCUAAUUAUUGUGCUUAACGUGCGAGCUUUUUUUUACCUAACAUGUCAGGCUUAAGUUAACGUUGACUGUCACCGACUUUGGCUCUUCCUCCUUUGAAACUAAGAUUUUUAUUGGAAUAAAAUUCGAGUCAAGGGGAGAAGAAUACGAAGAGUCUCGUAAUAAUGACCUAGAGGAGGAAGAGUGAAAGGGGAAUUGAAAAUGAACGAAUGAAUGAAUGAAAAAUGAGGGAGAGAACACGUCAGAUUACCUAGGGACUGAAGCCAUAAUUUUAGGCAUAUAAAUAUAUAAAUAUAUAUGUAGAUAUAUAUCUAGUUAUGACGCUUGAACUAAUUGAAACUGUAGGGAGUGGAGAAUUAAAUGUUCAGAGAUCUGCUGCUGAAGAACACAUGUACUAUAUAUAAAUAAUGAGAAAAGGCAGUGGGAAAACGAUGAACUACGAGAAUAUAACAAUGAAUCAAUGAAAAAUGGAUAUGAAAAUUUAAAAAGUAGCAUUUUCUUACUCAUUUAAAACCGCAGUGACGUAAAAGCCGCGAUCCAGCUGGAAAAUUAGAACGUGAAGCUGAUGAUAAUCGAAAAAUCGAAAACAGUGAAUAAAAAGAACAAUUUAAUUUAAAAAAAACAGGGGGAGUAGGACAUUGUGGAUAAACUCGAGAAUAUUUUUGUGACUGUCCCUGUAAUCCUAGACGUUAAAGGAACUAAAACAUUUUAAAAUACCACAUGAAUAAUUGGAAAGCAACGAGAAUGACGGUGCGGUUUUAAUGAACGAUUUAUUUGUUGAUUGGCAUAAAUAGAGACGAUUGAUUUACAUGUAUUCAUGAUAGACUCAUAAACAGCGCGUUAACUGGAGGCCUCUUGAUAGGGUAUUAUUAAAUUUACGAUGAUGCCAAGCAUGUGAUACAGAUUACAUACCGAAUAUUUAUAUUUUGUUACAGGAUAAUAAAACAAAACCUACACAAUUACACUGUUGUGGUCAUGCUCAGGCUCUCACGAAUGUUUUGUGGAAUGUUAUUUAUUGAGAGAAUUCACUGUUCCAGAGGAUUGGGGAGAGUUUUGGUGACCACAGCUCCGAUAAAAAAAAUAGACCAAUAGAAACAACAAUACCUCAUGAAGACUCAAUAGUUUAUUAUUCAGCUGAAACGAAUCAACGUGUACAAAUGCGAAUAUUCUUUUAUAAAUUGGGAGAACAAGUCAGUGAUAACUGCCCAUUUUAUCCUUUUAGGAGGAGUAUCACAGCUCGCAUUAUCCGGAAUGAAAUGGUAAUACUGAUACGAGAGUGGAAAUACUGAACAAGAUAUGUGGAAUUUAAUUCGAAUCACUUGUCAAGCACGUGUCACAUGUUGUUCCUAAUGAAUUUCACUGGAAAUUGCAUUCAAAUUUUUAGUCACAAUCUGGUAAACUGCAAUUUUGUCGGGGUGUUCUUCGUUAUUGUUAUGAUUUUUGUAAGCGGAGGAGGGAAUGGGGGUUUUAGGUGGAGCGAAUGGAAUGAUACGAUCUUUCGAAAUUUUUAGUGUAGAUGUAUUUUGCCAUUGGGGGUAUAAUUUGUAUUUUGUAAAAAAUGAGAAAAUGAACAAAAAAAUGGAAACAAGUUAAUUUCUCAAGGAAUUUUAAUGACGCAGAGGGGGUGAAUCUCGUGAAAUCGUAAUAAAAGAAAUUGAUAGUAA